AAGACAAGGGAAAGCGAGUUGAGUCCUUGCGAGUAUAGUUCGCGUGUGAAAUUGACUAAUGACAGUGCGAGUGUCGGUCGCUCCUGUGCCUGCCUGUGUGUCGUGACUGUAUUACACGGUGACUCGUAUAUUGUUAUGUAACAUAUGGACCUACGGAAAAACGUGCUUUCCUCUCCCUACUCUAUGUGACUUCUCACUGAGAGUGACUGCAUGCAUGGAAUGAGCCAAGCAAACCCAAUAUGUGAUCCCGCAGGACAUCGUAUAAACAAUGACGUCACGCAGCAGGCCGAGGAUCCUUGCAACUGACCAGCGGGAGUGAUUGGAGCUGACCUGCUACAUUGGAGCCAGGGUUGGGAAGUGAUCUGUGUUUGGCAGCGAGAGUGGGCGGGGCGCGCCCUGUGGGCGGGGCGGGCUGGGUGGUGGCAGUAAGCGGGUUAUUUUAGUCAGUAGCAACGAUGGACGACCAGCUGGAGGGUGAGGUGCUGUGCGAGGUGUUCUGGGCUCACGUGCACCUGCUGGGGCGGUACCUGGCCGUCACCUCAGCAGGUUUGGUGGACAUGGUGACGCCAGGCCCUGGAGAGACAUUCAAGGGUAAAAUGUUGCAGCCGGGACCUUUUUUAUUCAUAGUGUUUUUGGCUAUUGUGGGGAGUGUGGCCCUACAAAAUAGUGGCCAUCUCGUGUGGGAGUGGCUGGCCCGCACCCACCGUGUAUUAGGGCUGCACCGUGUGGCUGAUACUACCCUGCGAAGCUUGGAUCUCGGUGGGGCCUGUGCACCCUCAGGUUCUGAAGUUUGGGAGCUGCAAGAAGGACCAGUGGGAGUAUAUGGCCUGCAGGGCCGCAGAGCCACCAUGGAGGAUCGUUACUGUGUCAUUCAGGAUGUGGAUGUUGGGAGCAAGACUUUGUCCUUCCUAGGAGUUUUUGACGGCCAUGGAGGACAGUAUACGGCUGAGUUUGUGAAGGACAACCUCUUUCAAAACACCAUCAGUAAAAUAAAACAGUUGUGCACUCAGACAUCCACUGGUGGAACAUGCAGCACAAGCAGUAGCAAUAAUGGCAGCUGCAAGACCCAGAACAACAGGAUACGAAACUGCAAUACCAAUGGCAAGGGAGAGAAGCGAUGGUUGAGUGGUGAGGAUGACUCAAAGGAAUCCAAGGAUGCCAAAGAGAGUUGCCCUGCUAACAACAACAACAAUAACAGGCUCAAAGUUCCAAACAGUUUAGCAGCCAAGCCAGGAACAGAGUCUCAGGAUGCACAAGAGAAAGCCUUAUCCACAACCACAACUGACAGCAAGCUUACAACACCAGCGCCCGAAGUGACGGGAGGAGGUUCAUGUGUUGAGAACCUUAGUUCCAUGACCUCUGCCACCUCAUCUUCCACCACCACUACCACUAUGUCCUCCUCCACUGCCUCCUCCACCUGUACCACCCCUUCUUCCUCAACAUCAUCAUCAUCAUCAUCCUCAGACUGCACUGAAAAUAACACAGAGUCUUUGAAGAAGGAUGACACUUACAGCUCAGUUAGCAUUCGUCGGACAUCUCUGGCCUCCUCCACAGCCUCUAAAGAUAAGAAAGAGGAAGUAGCAGGGACUGGAUCAUGUGGGACAGGGAAUGGGAGUCAAAAUGAUUCCUGCUACAUUGAUGUCCUCCAGAACAUUAACUACACUCGCCUCCUAACCGACCAGAUCCUGGCUGUGGAUCGCCAGGUGGUAGCCCACUGCAAGGCCCGCACUGAUAUGUCAGGCUCAACAGCAGUGGUAGCAGUGCUUGAUGGAGAGAUGCUAGUCAUUGGUAAUGUGGGAGACUCAAGGGCUGUAAUGGCUGACCUCAAGGGUUCCACCAUACCUCUCUCCUUUGACCACAAACCCAACCAGCUGAAAGAACGACGUCGUAUCAAAGAGGCCGGGGGCUUCAUCACCUUCACAGGGGUGUGGCGUGUGGCAGGGAUACUGGCCACUUCUCGGGCCCUUGGAGACUUCCCCCUCAAGGAGCCACGACAACUCAUCACUGCAGAGCCUGAUGUGUUGACCUUCAGCCUCACAGAUCACAGGGCCCACUUUAUCAUCCUGGCCACAGAUGGGCUUUGGGAUGUGAUGACCAAUGAAGAAGCAGUUGCCUUUGUGAGGGACCACCUCCAUGAGCCUGACCAUGGUGCCAAGGCACUCACCAUGCAUGCCUUUCACCGUGGCUCACAGGACAACAUUACUGUGGCCAUACUGAAUGUUAGCAAAUUGCUUCGAAAGUGAGAUGGCUGUUAUGUUUGUGUACAUUCUUCACAUGCUAGCUCACACCCAAACACCUAAUAAUUGUUUCAGUAUUGCACUUGUGCUCUUUUGAAACACCUGUGAUUGGUGCUUGUGGUGAUGGUGUAUUUGUACAUCAAAUAGAGCUGGCUAAUACAAAAAACUUGAAGGCCACACAGAUGUCACUACCUCCAUUUAAGUAGUUUUCAACAUAUUUAUUUCUUAUCAUGUGAUUUUGAAAGGUCAUACCAUUCUCAAUUAAGGAACUCCCUUGUGAGUUUAAGUUAAUACUAUGAUGAAAUUUUAUGUUUUUUUUUUUUUUUUUUUUUUUUUUUAUUAUUCAGCUUUCAGUAGCUUAUUUUCAGUGAAUAUUUUUCAGAAUAAAUAUGUUUAGCUAUCUAUAUUUUUGUUUAUAACUUGACUGCAAUGUAUGUAUAUGUUUAUUUACCCUCAUUAAUUUAUGCUGUAUAGUUUGAUGAAUUUGCUAUACAGUGGUGCACCAAGUUUUCCUACUAAUCUCGUACACAAGACUUUAGUCUGCAAAAGAAAGGACACUUAUUACAGGAAAAAGAUUAUUGGUUCUGGGCUCAGCCAAAGGCUUAUCCAGGUACAUACUUGAUGCCUUUACAAGAUGCCCUUUUUUAUCCAGAAAUGUCUAAAAAAAAAUAUUCUAUGAUACUAAUGUUUACUGCUAGACAACAACAGCACCAGCUCUGAUACUUUUGAUACACCCAAGAGAUAACUUCUUUAUUUGCUUGUAUGGUAAUAAGUGCAUUUUUAUAUAAUCAUUCAUAUAUGUGUUUAUCUACAUUGUCUUCAUUGGUCCAAGUGACUGGCUUGUCUACAAGGCUGCCUUUGGUGAAUUUGUUUUAGAUCUGUGAUGAAGACAUCCUUUUGAAACUAAGUACAGAUUUCUACCUAUCCCAAAGGGGUUUAGGAACAAGCUUUUGUGCAACUGAGGACAGAUUGGUUAUUGAGACAGACUGUUUUUUGCACCUGCAGCUGUUUAACAUUAAUUCCAGGCUUGGAUCACCUUUAGUGAAGUGAGCUGAUGCAUUUUGCACACAGAUCGAUGAUAAAGUGUUGAGAUUGAUAAUGAUAUUGUAUCCACUCAUGAUGCUGCUUGAAGAUAGCUUCCUUAUGAAUAUUUAGAUGAUCUUUGAGCUCAGAAACUAAACUGUCAGACUAUUUGUAUAACAUCAAGCUUAAGCUGGGAACAUGGAAACAUGCCUUUAUCUCCAGCUGAUGAAAAGUAUAAUGAUUUUGUUGUUGCUGUUGUUGUUGUUGUUGUUGUUGUCAUAUUAGAAAGGUUGAGAAGUGACAAAAGUAAACAGUCAAGUGUGAGAUUAUGUCUAAUUGGAGAAUAUUGAGAUGUCCCGAAAUUUGGUGCACCACUGCACAUAUUUAUUAGUGACUGUUGAUGUAUAAAAUUCUUUAUUGUUAUGAUGUGUCAAAAUAAUUUAGGUAUGCAACAUAUUUGUAUACCAUAAUAUGGGAUAGGUUGGCAGCAUUUAACCAGUCUUUAGUUAAAAUUGUUUUGAAUGAAAUGAGAAUGAGGACUCAUCAUCAAAGUUCCAAUGUGUCUCAGAAUGUUUAUUUAUUGUUCUGUCUUGAGAAUCAACAAUGAUGAGCGAAGAGAAAGUGUCACAUUGCUCACCAUCCCAGCGGGACGUAGUCACAUCAUAGGGCAAAGGGUGUGCGAGAAUGGAUAUUGGGUGUUUGGGUGAGAGUGCAGUCUUGUAUAUUUGUAUAUCUGAGCCAUGUUAUACUCAUAUUGGGAUGCUGAGUGUGUGUGUAUGUGUGUGUGAGUGUGUGUGUGUAUUUAUUAAGCAAGAAGAAUAGUUUAUAUAUAUAUAUAUAUAUAUAUAUAUAUAUAUAUAUAUAUAUAUAUAUAUAUAUAUAUAUAUAUAUAUAUAUAUAUAUAUAUAUAUAUAUAUAUAUAUAUAUAUAUAUAUAUAUAUAUGCACACACACACACAUACACAUAUUUAUUGAUCUGUUAUUAUUAUUGAUAUAUUUCUUCACAUUGCUUUAUUUAUUUGUUAUUAUUUAUUUAUUUAUUUAUUUAUUAUUUAUUUAUUUUAUUUAUUUAAUUUAUUUAUUUAAUAUUUUUAUCAUCAUCAUCACUAUUAUUAUUCAGGGGGAGAGGAAUGCUCCCAGAGUUUGGUGUAAAUGCAGCCAACCACUUCUAAUGCAAUCAUUCACCUGCAUUCAAUGUUAUCACCUUUGGACACCAUGUUCACAUAGUCAUCAUUUGUUGUUUGAACACUAAGCAGUCAUUCAUCUAUUACAGGGACAGUUUGUAAUUCACUCAUGUAACACAAUCAGAGUUAUCACUUGUUUCAUCAACGUCACUCAGUCAUUAGCUUGUCAUAUGGUUACCAGUCAGACAUUUGUGGGGAAUGAAUGACUAUUUGUGAUGUGAAGACUGAUGAAUGCUUGAUAGUAUAGGCAAUAGAGGCAAAUCUUUGUAGGCAUUAAUACUUAAGUAAUAAAGCAAGAGAAGAGUAUUCUUAAAGGCUGUAUCAUGGACACUUUUUCUGACAACAUUGCUCUCAAAAGCAGAGCAGUGUAGUCCAUUCUUAAUUUCUGAAAGGAGGCUUUCAAUUUCUGAGAGCAGGCUCUCGAUCUCUAAAUACCAUCUGGCUUUCACAAAGUAUCAAAAGCAGCUCUUGAAUUGGAGUGGCCAAGAAACAAUUACUGACACUCCAUAAUUAGCACACUGCAUAAAAUAAAAAAAAUUCAUUUAAGUGUAAUGUAUUGAUUAAAGUUUUACCAUUGUAUGAAUAUGAUAAACCUUGUAUUUCCCAAUAUGAGAUCAUUUACAUUAGAUGUAGCAACUGAAUAUGAGCAUCCAACUUUGAUUUAAUUUUGUGGUAUGUUUACAUAACUUAGAAGUCAAGGCAAGACCAGUAUAAGAUUUAUGGCUUCACUCAAGUGGAAUUUGAUUUUGCUAAAUGUGGUGUGAGAGAAUCCACCACUGUAGAAUAUCUCUCAUCCACAGUACUCAAAGAAGAUUUUAAAGAAACAUUUUGUUCAACAAGAUAACAGAAGAUAUGGAUGCUAGCAUCUUCAUGUUUAAUCUUUCUCCCCCUCAUUCUUAUUGAUUUUUUAUCCUGCAGAGAAGUUGAAUAUAUCCAGUACUUAGAACUGCAUGAUCAGUCAGAUCAAUUUCCAUUGUUUGCUAGCUCCAGGUUGACUGUUGCCUGGUUUGUUGUUGUUGUUGUGUGUGUGAAACACUGGGUGCAGUGUGCCAUAUUUCUAAGAGCCAGCCAGUCAUAAAAGAUCAAGGACUCCACUACUAAAGAUAAUAAUGGCAAAAAAAGUGCCCAUGUUAUAUGACCCUAAGCAAGAAAUGCUGUUUGCUGUAGAAUGAUGUUCCUAACAAACCCAUUCAACUCAUUAUCCACUUGAAAUUUACCCAUGGAAACAUUCAUGUACAGUAGUCCUUUCUUAACCACAAGUCUUAUGUAUUUUACAGACCAGUUUGUCAAUAGUUUUCUAGCCAUGAUAAUUUUAGAUUUGCAAUAGAAAUUCAAUAAUUUUGUUUCCUCUAAUUGCUAGUUAUUAUACUCAUGAUAUCCCUUCUCCACCAUCAUAAGAGCAACAGGAUUCAUCACCACUGUGUAAAACUAUAAAUAAACCAAACUAAACUACA